AUGGGGUCGGGGGAGGUCUCGUCAUCUGGGGGCCGCUCCAGCGGCUCCCACUCAAAGGACAAACACUCAAGCAGCAGCAGCAGCAGCAGCAGCAGCAGCAGUUCAAAGAAGCACAAGUCCAGUGGCCACAGCAGCAGCAGUUCGGGUAGCCGAUCUACCAACAGCAGCAGCAAGGCCGCAAACGCGGAACGCGACAGCAGCAGCAAGCAUAAAAGCAGCAGUCACAGCAGCAGCAACCACGGCAGCAGCAGCCACGGCAGCAGCAGCCACAGCAGCAGUAGCCACAGCAGCAGCAGCCACAGCAGCAGCAAUCAUGGCAGCAGCAGCCACAGCAGCAGCAACCACGGCAGCAGCAGAGGUAGCCGAUCUACCAACAGCAGCAGCAAGGCCGCAAACGCGGAGCGCGACAGCAGCAGCAAGCAUAAAAGCAGCAGUCACAGCAGCAGCAACCACGGCAGCAGCAGCCACGGGAGCAGCAGCCACAGCAGCAGUAGCCACAGUAGCAGCAGCCACAGCAGCAGCAAUCAUGGCAGCAGCAGCCACAGCAGCAGCAACCACGGCAGCAGCAGCAGCAGCGGCCACAGGAGCAAGGGCAAGGAGGAGCGGAAGCCGUCGAGCAGCAAGACGAAGCCGGAGGGAGAUUCGUCUCGUGCAGAAUCCAAGAGUCAGAGUGCAUCAAAGGACAGCAAGAGCAGCAGCAGCAGCAGCAGCAGCAGCAGCAGCAGCAAACACUCAAAGGAAGGGAAGCGAGGGCGCAGCAGCCGCAGCCGUAGCGGCAGGCGUGCAGAAACCAAGAGUCAGAGUGCAUCAAAGGACAGCAAGAGCAGCAGCAGCAGCAGCAGCAGUAGCAGCAGCAGCAGCAAACACUCAAAGGAAGGGAAGCGAGGGCGCAGCAGCCGCAGCCGUAGCGGCAGUCGCAACGCCAGCGGGAGCGGCAGCAACGAGAAGAAGAGGAAGAGGGAGAGGAGUCCUUCUUACCAGCCUCCUCCUGUUGUGAACACCACCGACCCCACCAAGAAUACCCUGGGUGACCCUCUGCCCCCUGACCUAGAGGGGCCUUGUUACUUGAAGCUGUUGCCUCAGCCUCGUGACGGUCAGCUAGACCCGUUGCUGCAGAUGCUGCAAAAGGCAUUGCAACAAAUUUCAGAACCAGGAAAGCAUCGUGAUAGCGGCAGGAGCUGCAGUAUAACAUUCAUUGCUCCUCACUCUGUGUGUCAGCUUACACCCCCGAAUUCAGAUCAACCAAUUCGGAAACUAAGAAAGAUAGGGGCUGCUCGUCUUGUUAUUAGCGAUAGAAAAGAUAUGAAAAAACAGGGAGGACGCGAGAGGCUGCUGACGCUGCAGGGGAGUCUAGCGGAUGUUCAGGCUGCUGCGAGUGACUUGGCGCGUCUGCUGCAGCAGAUAGAAGACCUACGAGACCAUACAAACCUGAAAUAUGAUAGUUGUAUGCCGAAGGCUGAGCCAGAGGAAAAGGAGGAGAGGCUUGAAGAUCUAUUGGGGCAAGAUGUUGAUGAAUCAACGAUGCAGGCUCUCGCUAGUAUUCUGAUUCCCCCGAAAGAAGAACCUGUGAAAGCUGCUCAACUUCUGGGGUCGAAUGGCAGUAUUAUAACACAAUUUGAAGCAGAAUAUGCAGUGCAGGCAAAGGUAGCUCCGCCUGAACCUCCUCCUUGUACAGAAAGAAUUGUUGUCAUCAGCGGGCAGCCACAAGAUACAGACAGAGCUUUAUUAGCAGUGCUAGAAAAGGUGUAUGCAGCUUGUCUUAUGUAUGAUUACCUUGAGCAGCAACAAGAAACACAACAACAAAACGCACAACUCGACUCAAAUAUCGUCGGAGCUGUCCUUGAAGGUGUGCUUUCUGUAUCUAAUAAAGUAGGAGGAGGCGCCACAGAUGUUGCCGUCAAACGCCUAGAAGGAAUGAAACAGGCGGCAGCGCAGGGGCCGCUGGGCCCCAUGGGGCAGCACCAGAGCGGGAACAUUCCGAACUACGAUGCUCCUGUAUCUUUUGUGACGGCAUCGAACCCUGUACUUACACCCGAAGCAUCAAAGAGUUUUGCUUUAGCACAGAGAGCAGCACAAGCCCUAGGCAACGAUCCGCGUGUACGGAUGCCAUCACCACCGCGUGCUGCUGAUGAGUGGGAGCAGCAGCAGCGCGAGAUUCAACAGUAUGAGCAGCAAAGGCUCGCAGGCCAUGUUGAAAUAUACAGCAGCAGCGGAUCUGCACCACCACCACCAGCCUCUAGACCCCCAGGACAAACAGACCCUGCUGCUGCUGCUGCUGCUGUUGGCAUUCGUCCCCCGCCUCCACCGAAUGAUGGAAUGGAUGCAGACGACGGCGAUCCGCUGCUCGAGGGGCUGAUGAAUGAGGCGUUCUGA